AUGGAACCAUCGCCGGAACCUUCGGAGCAUAAGGAAGAAGAAGACGAAGAAUGGGAAGUCGAGUCUUAUGAUGAGCCGGAUGAGUUUGAACUUUUAGAGCCCAUAGAGAAGCUGGAUUAUGAGCAAGAGUUGUCCAGUGCUCCAUUCCAAGUAGAACAUCAUGGCGUCCUACAAAAUGGGUUAACAUACUAUGUUAAGAAAAAUAGCACACCUAAAGAUAUAAUACUUGUGAACUUGAUCGUAAAAGCAGGGGCUGUUUGUGAAGAAGAAAAUGAGCGUGGUGUCGCGCACAUUAUUGAGCAUCUAGUUCUGGAGGGAUAUGGAUAUACCAAUUCAGAUGCGACUGAAUAUUUAAAAGCUUUCAAACAUCAGUGUGGUGCUCAUCAACAGGCCAAAACAUAUUGGGACCAUACAAGUUAUAACUUUUCUGUGACCAACUCGGAGGAUUUGAGGAAAGCACUUGCAUUAACUGCUGCAAUCUCUCAAGAGCUUGUUGUCACGUCUGAUGAACUUGAGAAAGAGAAAUUAAUCGUAAUAGAUGAGCUUUGGCAUGGUUCUCAGAUUGUUGAGAAACAACAUAGUCGCAUUUUUAGUGCUCAAUUAUAUCAAGGAACAAAGUACGCUGAGCCUCUGGGUGGCACAGAAAAAAAUGUACGAGAUCUCUCCGUGGAUAUUGUAAAGGGGUUUUACCUGAAGUGGUAUGUCCCAAACAAUAUGGCUGUUAUUGUUGUGGGUGAUGCAACUGAAACACAGAGUAUAAUUGGUUUGGUUAGAACCUACUUUGAAAGGCAACCAAGAGGCGUGCCACAACAUUUGGAGUUCCCUCUUCUCAAACAAUGUGAGCCUAGAUUGACCACACACGUCAAUAGUGAAAUUCUGAAGGUAUAUGUUUCCUUUAUGUUUGAGAAACAAUGGGGUAAACGUGUGAAUGAGGUGUUCAUAUACUUUCAACAAAUACUUCUUCAGAAAGUCAUUGUUGAAAGGUUGAAGAAAAUUCUUUUAAGCAUGAGCAACCCAAAAGAAAUUCAGUACUCUAGAGAUAAUGAUUCACAGAUGUAUAGCAAUUUUGUGGUCUGGGUGGAGUGUGAAGGAUAUGAAACAAUUAAGGUGUUAGAGACAUUCCUUGUUGAGAUUGCACGAUUGAGAGUCCACGGGAUAGAAGAAAAUGAACUAAGUGAAGGAUGUGUCUUUUGGCUGAAAACCGCUGGGGCCGAAUACCGGAAUCGUCUUGAUCAUUCUUCAGAGGAACUUCAAAAGAACUACACUAGACACUUCAAUUAUCGUGAAUGUGAUUUGUGUCCUAAGCUGCAGGCACAGCUUAUAGUAGCUCUUACUAAAAGUGUCAAUGUGGAAAAGAUGAAGAGCUUCUGUGAGUUGCAAUGUAAAGCAUCUAAUUUAUCAGUUAUCAUACUUCAAAGCAAGAAUUUCGUGACACAAGAGGAUAUGAAGGGGUCAUUGCAGAAGAUUACUGAUUUGGAAAAAGAGGGAUCCCUUGCUCAACGGUCAGAUGAAGAAGUGAAGGGUUCAAACAAUCUGAUACUAGAGAUGGAGCCUGAAUCAGGGAAAAUUGUUGAGCGAGUGGAACAUUCUGAUAUUGGAGCUGUAGAGCUCAUUUUAUCCAAUGGGAUGCAAGUCACUUACCAGUGUACAAUGGAUGAUGAGGGGGUGCUCUUGAGUGGAUUCUCAUAUGGAGGUCUCUCAGAACUGGCAAAAGAAGAUCUCCUCAGUUGCUUGUUCUCAUGUGAAAUAGGGCAAAAUGUCUUGUGUAAGAGCUUUGAGAGAUUUUUUACUGCAUGUGAUAAAGUCGGUUUCAAGGUUGCGGUGGACGAGUAUAAAAGAGCUUUCAGUGCGAAUUUUGUUGACUCAUCGUAUAUCAAACUUGCACUUCAGAUUGUAUAUUUUCUAUUCACAAGUGACCUAGAACCUGAAGAAGAAGAUUUGCAAGCUGUAGUUGAUGACCUAAGAGAGCGUCUGUCUCCCAGACAUCAACGCCUGCAGGAUAUCCUAGUGAAUACUGCCAAGGAGAUCAAUAGCGGUGGAUCUUGCAUUUACAAGCCCCUCAAAGCUGAGGAUCUUUCCCAAGUUGAUACAUCAAAGGCAUGGAAAUAUUUCAAAAAUUGCUUUAGAGAUCCAUCAAGCUUUCGAGUUAUUAUGAUUGGGAAGUUCGAUUCUGCUUCUGUUGAUCCUCUUCUGUCCCGUUAUUUGGGUGGAAUACCAAGGCCUUCUGUGCCUAUAAUGGAAUUUCAACGUGGGAAGCUCACACCAGCACCUUCCCAUUUCCCUCUGGCUGUGACAAUGUGA